UUAAUAACCCUAAUUUAUGUAAUUUAUGUUUUUAUUUUUUGGAAGUAAAAACAUCAGAAACAUGCUCGGUACAAACAUAACAAAAGAUGGUAUAAAUGAAUACGUGCAAACUGGAAGAAACCAUCAAGAGGACACAGUAUGUUUACCUCAAUGAAACGAGGCAGUGUCGCAUCCGCUAAACAGAGUCUAUAUUAACAAAUAGAAAUCAUAAUGUCAAAACAUGAUCAAAAAACAUUAGAAUUAAUUAUUGGAAAAUGUUACAGUAUGUCUGGGCCGUAUCUAUAGACAGACAUAAUCUGGUUGAAAUGAUGUUUCUUACACUGAGUUUAAUUAUAGGAAAAAAAAACUCUAAUCUCAUGGAAUUUCCUUCCUGCUUUUUACUUUGUCAUUGUCUUAGUGGGUGUUGCUUCCAGAGGUGGCCCCAGACAGGAAAUGGUCCAUUCCUACUGUAUAUCUAGCCAACAUUAUAUCAUAACUCGCUACAGAACACCAUGGCUUGCUUCAGAGUGAAAAGGAAAAUGACUAUUUUCAUGUCAGUUCUUUCUUUACUGACUCUUGAGGCUGGAUUAAGCAUGAGUGGCGCGUGCAGGCCAAUUUGUAGUAGGGGGAGCUGCAUAACUGUCAACCACGCCAGAGUGGAUUUUAAAUCAGCAGAGGAAACGUGCCGUGACAGCGAUGGAGAACUAAUGACAUUUCAGCAUGAGACGGAUGAGGACAUACUUGAUAUUUGGAGCCAAGGACUGAAUGGAAGCUUCUGGAUCGGACUGCGUUUACCAGCUGGUGCCUGCAGCAACCUUUCAGAUCCUUUCAGAGGAUAUGGGUGGAUCUCUGGUGGCGUGCACAGGAGAUUUAUUCCUACCUUCACUACCUGGAAAAGCAGUACUCAAGUCUGUUCUUUGCACUGCGUGUCACUCUCUACUGAUGGGAAAUGGAUCGAAAGCAAGUGCUCAGAUAAAGUUGAUGGAUUUCUGUGCAGGACGGAGCACAAAGACGCAUGCAAAAGACAAGGAUUGUCAGAUCCAACCGUAUUCCAAAGCCCUAAAGGUUGUUCUGACUACCCUUGUGAACAUAAUUGCACAGAUAUUAAAGGGGGUUACAAAUGCUCUUGUCGUUCAGGAUAUAUCCCAGACAAAAAAGACCCCAGAACGUGUCAACUGCAUUGUGGACAAAAGAAAUGCCCUGCAAUGUGUGAGAAAAACACUGGCGAUUGCUAUUGCCCUGCUGGCUUUAUAGCUAAUGAUAUAGCAAAACUCUGUGAGGACAUUGAUGAGUGCUCAAUGAAGGAAUGUGAUCAGGGGUGUAAAAACACUUUUGGAAGUUUUGAAUGUUCCUGCCAAGAAGGAUUUGUGCUUAAAAGUCACGUCAAAUGUGUCAAAGCAGUCAACACUGACAUGUCUGUCAACACAACUCCACUCACGGAAGGUUCUGCAGCCUUCAAAAAUAACACUCUGAAGGUUUCUUCUGCACCCACAAUACGAUUUCUCUGGAUAUGGAUUUUUGUUGCUGUAAAUAUAGUAGUGUUGAUUAUAAUUGUGAGAUUUUGUGUUGUUAAACGGCAGAGGCUCAGGGAACAAAACGCCAAUCAACAGUCUACUGCUACAGCUCACGUGGAGAACUUAUAGGGUUAAAACAUUGGUCUUAGUGGUCCUUAGGCGAAGUAGAGAGACCUGUGCACAUGCUUUGAAUUGAAAUAGCUUUAUUGACAGCUAUGUUUGCACAUACAAGGGAUUUGUUCUGGUGACAGAAGCUACAUUAGUUCAUUAGAUUAUUAAAAAUGUCAAACUGUCUCUGGAAAGUAUGUGUGAAGGACUUUAUACUGACAUGUGCAUUCAGGACAAAUACAUAUGAUGUGCACUGAUGUGUAAUUUUUGAGGGUGAACCUAUUAAGGGGGAGAGUAAUACCUUUUAACACAGUGCUUGAAGGAUUUCAGUCAUUCUUUCAUAUAUUCUGUGUAACACCAAGCUGCUUACCAAGUCUUUUUGUUAGAGUGCCAUCUGCUGUUCUUAUGAACAAACUACUGCAAAGUGUCACUAUUACAAGUUUACAAAGGUAAUCAUUUUAUUUGCUGCCACAUGAAGUAUGGACUGAUAUACAAUAUGCAUGCUUUUUCUUAAUAAAUGCUUAUGAUGACGGAAAGGACAAGAAAUGUCAGAAAUGGCAAAUAUGUGUACAAAUAUGUGACUGUAGAGAGAGUUACUUGUCAUAGCACACAUCCAAUCACAAAUAAUGAGUAUUGGAACCAGUCCCUAAAGUUUAGCAACAGAAAACUAAACUAUAGGAAGCAAGUAAGGAUUUAUUUAGAUUUUAUGUUAGUUAAAUUAUUGAAAUCAAUAAACUCUAAGGUGAUACAUGAAAUCCAGUUUGUAACCUAUCAGAAUAGCGAUGACUUUAGAUAUCACUUAAGAAAAUAGCUAAAUCAGAAUUUCAGAAUGCAACACUUAACAGUUACAUGAAAAAACAUGUACUUGGAGCAAAUUAGAGCAAAACAGAGCAUUUCCCAUCCAAGUGAACUGAGUUUAUCAGUCAUGUCCUGCUCUGGUUCAUGAUCAGCCCAGAAUAGCAAAGCCCAGAAACAUGUUUGUUGUCGAUGUAAUCAUUAAUAUGCAGUUAAGCCAUAUAAAAGUUGUCAAAAAAGCAAUUUUGAGCAGAAAGUAAAACAUCUUAAUGUGUUUGCAUCCAUUAAACCAAUCAUUUCCGUUUAUAUAAAUAUAUAUCACUGUUAUUUGUCUGGAGGAUUGGGAGCCAACCCAUCUCACCCAGUUUGUGAUGAACUCAUGCCAGAUGGGACACUUACACAACCACAGACCCAUCUCACUAAGAAGCAGGGCGGAGGGCUUUAUGCAGCAGGCACAACUCUAAAAAGAAUACAAAUAUUUUCAUUGUACUGUCAUUAUGUAUUUUAUAUGACAAGUUUUGUAUUAUUACUAUUUUGUUAUUUCUUUAGCAUCCCUAUUGGUUACUUUAGUACUCAGACAGGACCUAUUGUUUUUAAUGCCUUAAUCUCUUACUGCUCUUGUCUUUGCUUCUCAAUAUAAUAUAACAAGUGAUUUUCCCCCUUUGGGAAUCAUUAAAAUCUUAUGGUUUGAGUUAUGAAAA